GAAUAGGUGUUGUGUUGUUUUGUUAGUACUGGGUUCGGUAGGUAGGUACCUAGUACUAUAAUCAGUUUAGCAACAACCAACAAUUUAAUUGUAUUGUGAUUUCUAUUCCAACUUUUCUUAACACAGCGAUUAAAAUAAUGUAAAGAUUUUUAUACGGUAAACGGCAAGAAAUAAGGCCAACAUGUCUUUGUCUUACUUAUUAGAUAAAGUACUUACUAAGCAAAAUGAUUUCUGUUGCGUGUGUUUUGGCGCUCUCCAAGCUAAAGUGAUAUCCCUGGAUAACGAAUUUACCGUAAACAUCAACAAUGUGGAAUCGAAAGUAGAUUUAAACGAUGUGCUUUCAACUAUUCUAAAUGAAGAGACACUUGAUUACGUCUCUGAGUUCAAUUGCUUGUGUUUGCAAUGUACAGAAAUGGCCAUUACCAGUUACAUAUUCCUUAAAAAGGCCAAGGAAAAUACUGAGCUUCUAACCAAAAUCAUUGAGGGCAUAACAAGUGGUUUAACGAAAACAGUUGAUUAUGAUCAACCAUCAUUAUAUUUAACACUAAAUACUGAAGACUUCUCUACCAAACAGUAUAUUGACUCUAUAAAUGUAAGCGAUGUAUCUGUAGCAUAUAAAAGGUUAAAUUUUCUACACAACAAUGAUGUUAAACCAAAAAUUGAGAAUGAACUCUCAUAUGAAUAUGGUAAGAAAAAAUCACGAACCAAGCCAGUAUCCCAGACACCAAUAGAAAAAAUAUUGUUUGACCCAACAGACACCAAAACAAUGAAGUGUAGAGAAUGUCUGAAAGUGUACCCUACUAUUUGGAAUUUGCGUAGUCAUUACAUUCGAGUUCAUGCACCCAAAUUAUACAAAUGUUCAGAAUGUCCCAUGAAAUUUGGAUCCAAAGGCUGUUUAAAUACACAUAAAGCUGAAAGUCACUGUACUGUGGUAUGCAGUGUGUGCGGUAAGGUUUUUCAUAACCGGCACACAUUAAAAAUGCAUGAGAAAGGACAUCAUAUUAGACUAGUGUGCCAAAAGUGUGGAAGAAUAUACAAAAACAAAACUACAUUUAACAAACACAUUGAAUAUAAUGUUUGUGGAAAGAAAUCUAGAGCUAGUCCUUUAGAUGCAAAAUUUGAGUGUGAUUAUUGCCACAAAAAGUACACUCAAAAGAUGUCGCUUCGAGUACACAUCCAAUUUGAACAUGGGAAUUACAAAUCAUAUAACUGUGAAUGGUGCCCAAAAAGAUUCUGGUGCAAGAGUAGACUGAAUGCUCACAUUGUGAAACAUACACAAGAGAAAAAAUUCCAUUGCUCGAUAUGUGACCGUAACUUUGUAACAAAAGAAUCUCUCCUGUACCACACUCGAAUUCAUACUGGAGAGAAGCCAUAUGCUUGCACUCAAUGUGAUGCCCGAUUCCUGUCAGCUUCGAGGCGCAGUGAGCACGUCAAGAGGCACCAUGGUCUUGGGACAUUUCAAUGUGAUAUUUGUCAAGGAAAAUUCAAUUCACAAAAUUAUCUACAGAAACACAAACGCAUCCACUUACUGCAGGAAAGUGAAGCUAUAGAAUUGAAGAGUCCUAAAGAUAUCACACAGCCGCCAGAUGCAGAAACCAAUCAGUUGAUUCUACAAUCCCAUCAGAUACCAAAUUUAAGCACUGUAUAUAAUUAUAAUGAGAUUUAUUUUGAAGUGGCCCAUGAUGAUUAUAAUAUAAAAAUAGAGCAGUGACUCCUGGAUGUCUAGGCUAAAUUUUCUAAGAGUUUGAUUAUAUUAUUAUACUUAUUUAUUAUAUCUUCAAA